UUCUUUGCUGGUAAAAGGAGUGCUUAAAUCCUUUGUUCUAGGGUUUGGGGCUCGAGGGGGGCCAAGCGCGUCGUGGAGUAGCGACGAGGUCAAGUAACGCCUCCAAGCGGUAUGAUCAUUCCCCUCACAGCUCGGAAUCCACGGAUUAUCUGAGCUACAUUGCGAUCGCUGUCGCGAGAGGCUGUGAUUUCGGGUAGAUCUUGGCGAGAAUGAAUCGAUUUCUCUCUAAAUCCAAGAGUAUGGAGACUGGUAGCAGGAGAUCGACGGAAAUUGGGCCCGGGUUGCCACCGCUGGAUGUGAACUUGUCCGAGAGCGCUCUCAAGGAAGCCGCGUAUGAAAUUAUCCUGGUAGCAUCGGGUUCCAUCGCCGCCAGGGCGCUGGUUUACACAGGGAUCAAGAAGAGCACGAGUUUGAACAAGCCUGCCGAGAAAUCAGCCACGGCUAUGGCUGCCAGUCGAAUGAAGAAAGCUCUGGGGCUUAGAUCUAAACGCGACAGUGACAGUCAAGGAAAAGCCAAGCAGCCGAUAGAGCGUCUGAGAAUUCAAUUAGGUGUAUCGGAGAAAGUGGAUGCCAGAGUGAGACGAGCACUGACGAGAGCUACAGCAGGACAGACUGGAAAGUCUCUCGUUGUUCCCGUGGAGCUUCUCCAGAACAUUGGCUCCACCGAUUUUUUUGAGAGCGAGGAAUACAACCAGUGGCGAAGUUCUCAGCUAGACGUUCUGGAGGCCGGUUUGCUUUGCCAUCCUAAGAUCGAUUUGGACAAACGUGAGCUUGGAGCGCAGCGCUUGAAGCAGGUGCUGUUUGAAGCCAGGCAAACUCCGUUUGAGACCGGUCGGAAUAGCGAACGCAUGCAAGCGUUGAGAAGCGCAGCUAUGGCCUUAGCAAGCAGGGGAGACGAUGGUAUCCAUUGGGCAGAUGGCUAUCCUUUCAACGUCCACCUUUACCAGGUGUUACUGCAGUGCUGCUUCGACACACAGGAUCCGAGUGCUGUCAUCGACGAGAUGGAUGAGUUGGUGGACUUGCUCAAAAAUGGCUGGAGUAUACUUGGCAUCGAUCAGAAAGUUCACAACAUCUGCUUCCUGUGGGUUUUGUUCCGACAGUUCUUCGUCACGGGCGAGACUGAGCUGGAACUUCUAGGUGCUGCUCAGACUCAGUUGAAUGAAGUUUCUAAGGAUGCCAAGAACGAACGGGAUGCCAUUUAUAUCCAGCUUCUGAGCUCGGCUUUGUCGGGGAUGCAACAGUCAGUUGAGAAGAGGCUCUUUUCGUACCACGACGCGUUUCCAGUUGGAGGUGCCGGACUCAUGGACAAGCUGAUCCCGUACGCCCUCGCUGCUGCUCAGAUCUUGCACGAGGACAUCUCUCAAGAGUAUCGCCGAAGACGGACGGAGCAAGUGAACGUGGCGGCCACCAGGAUUGAUGCCUACAUACGUUCCUCGGUUAGGAGUGCUUUCGCAAUGAUGAUGGAGCAAGUUGAUUCCAAGAGAAAGUUGGCCAAAACUCAGACUCCGGCGCUUGCUGUCCUUGCAAAAGAUACUAUGGAUCUUCUCCGAAAUGAGAAGGCAAAGUACAGUCCAAUCUUCAGUCAGUGGCAUCCCAAUCCUGGGGGUGUGGCAGCUGCGACUCUCCACGCGUGCUACCACAGGGAACUUAAACAGUACUUGACUGGACUCAAAAUUCUCACUCCCGAAUCCGUAGAGGUUCUGAAGUCGGCAGACCAGCUGGAGAAAGAGCUCGUUCAGGCCGUCGUCGAGGACGCGGUUGACUGUGACGACGGAGGAAAGGGCCUCAUUCGAGAAAUGCCUCCUUUUGAAGGUGAUUCCACUGUAGCGGCCUUGACAAAACAGUGGGUGCAAUCGAGCAUCGAACGCCUCGGGGAGUGGGCGGAAAGAAACAUGGCAAAAGAGGACUGGAAUCCAAAUGCAAUGCGUGAGCAUUAUGCGCCAUCAGUAGUGGAGCUGUUGCGGCUGAUCGAAGAGACCUUGGACGCUUUCUACGUGCUCCCCAUCUCGCCUCCAAAGGACGUUGUCCAGGACCUUGCUUCCGGGGUGGACCGAGUUUUGUAUCGAUAUGUUGCUCACGCCGUCUCCAACUGCGAAUCCAAGACAAAUCCCCGUUUGCCGCCUUUAACGCGAUGGAACAAAGAUCUCCAUGCAAAGAGCAGCUUAUCCUGGUUCAAAAAGGACAAAAGGAAGGGACAGGUAGAGCCCAGGAAUGGCGUCCAGCACGUCGACACGACCGAGCUGCAGCACCUCUGCGUUCGCAUAAAUACGCUGUAUCAUCUGGAGUCUGAGCUCGAGUUUAUGGACAAGCGCAUACGAGCCGGGUGGCAGGACAACAGCGUGAAGCGAGACUCCGAGCCACAAUCCAAAAAGCAGCCGGGCAAAUCUCCAGACGCCAGCGGCGAUCAGGCAAAGUUUGAAAGAGCACGGUCGAGCUGUAAAGAAGGCAUCCAGAAGCUGACCGAGGCCGGCGUCCACCGCGCCGUUUUCCAAGACAUGAGGGCGGUGCUGUGGGACGGACUGUACGCCGGGGGCGUGGCAAACGCUCGGGUGGACCAGGUGAUCCAUCAGCUGGAUGCGCAGCUGGAAGUCAUCGCGUCGACCGUUUCGGGGCGGCUCCGGAACAAGCUCGUGACGGCGCUCAUGAGGUGCUGCUUCGACGCAUUCUCGCUGGUGAUCCUUGGCGGCGGGCCGUCAAGAGCGUUCCAAGCCGCGGACGCGGCGAUGCUGGAGGAGGACCUGGCGGCGCUACGGGAGCUGUUCAAGGCCGACGGCGACGGGCUCCCGGCGGAGGUGGUGGACAGGUACUCGUCGUGCGCAGCGCAAGUUCUCCCGCUCUUCGCCAUGGAGACUGGCGAGCUCAUCGACAGGCUCAAGUCGCUCGACGGCGGCGGCAGAUCGAGGGGCUCCUCCUCCGCUCCCGUGCCGCCCAAUCCCAAGAGCUGGAGCCCAUCGGAUCCAAACACAGUGCUGCGAGUUCUCUGCCACCGCGCGGACGAGACGGCCUCCAAGUUCCUCAAGAAGGCGUACGGCCUUCCCAAGAGAGUGUGAUCUCCCGUACUAGCCCGAUUUUUUGUAUAUAGAGGAUAUUCUUUAGAAUGUUGCUUGACGGACUAAGCUUUAACGCUGGCGGUAUAUUCUGCGCGGCUUUUUCGCGCCGUAUAUACCCCGUAUAUGCCCUAGCUCUCGUCGCUCUCCGUGUUGCGUGUCCGAUCGUUUUCUUAUUUCUUCGCUCCCCGGUCUUCGCUGCGCCUUCCUUUGUGUGUCGGCUAUUUUCCAGGGAGGGUUAGAUCUGGAUUGUCAAUCCCUCGCCGCGGCACUGUAGAAAUCUACGAUCCACGGCGCGCUAGAAAUUCUAAUCUUCGCUAGAGCGAGCUUAUUGAUUGGCUGGUUGCUUGAUUCGAGCGUUCUUACGCGAUCUUUUCGAUUCUUUCUUGCUCGGGGGAAUGGCGGAGGAUCCCAAAUAUGCCUAUCCCGCGCAGCCGGCGUAUGGCUAUCCCCCCCAACAAGGGUAUCCGCCACAGGGCUAUCCCCCGCAAGGCUACCCGAAUCAAGCGCAGGGAGGAUACUACCAGCAGCCACCGCCAGUAGUUCCACCGCCGCAGUAUCAACAACAAGCUCCUCCGCGCAAGAACAACAGCAAUUUCUUGACUGGAUGCUUGGCCGCGAUGUGCUGCUGCUGCCUCUUGGAUGACUGCUGUUGCGACCCCACUCUCUUGAUCAUCGACUGAGAAGAAGUCGAAGAUGAAAUAACGCGAGAUGCGAUCCAUCCAUCUAUCCGUGUGUAAUUUAUUUAGAAAUUUAUCAAAUCAAAAUUUUAGGGUUCUUGGGCAAA